AUGAGUUCCCCGCUCCACAAUAGCUCGACCUCGGGCAACCGUGGCGCUGGUCCACGAUCGAACCGCAAACGCUCGCGAGCAGGUGGUGAUGAUGCCACAUCUUCUGUCGGGCUAGGCUCAAGCCCUAUGCCCUCAUCUCCUCCGGCCCCUUUUAACAUUGAGCACGGCGUCGAAGACGAUGAUGACGUCGAAGAGGAGGCCGAAAUCCAAGACGAUCUUGACGAUAUUGAUGAAAUGGCUGAUGACGAUGUUGAUCUUUUCCGUGAGGGCUUUGAAACAGAUUACAGAUCGCGUGAAGAUGAUGCCUACGAGGGUAUGGGCCUGGACGACGACGGUGAAUUCGACGACAUGGAUCUGGGCUCCAGACGGAGGCUGGAGGCACAGUUGAAUCGACGAGACAGGGAAGUUGCCCGUCGACAGCGUAUUCCAGCCGCUUUUCUCCCGGGUGAUGAUGAUGAUGGCGAAAUUGACCUUACUGCGCAACCUCGCCGACGUCGCCACCACUAUGACGAGGACCCUGACGAUGCCAUGGAUGCCGACAUUAUGGACGAGGAACUUUCACUUGAAGCGCUCGGCGAUGUCAAGGCUGCUAAUCUGACUGAGUGGGUUUCGCAACCUCCGGUCCAGAGAACAGUCAAGCGUGAAUUCAAAGCAUUCCUCACCUCCUAUACAGAUGCUUCUGGCUCGUCUGUUUACGGUAACCGCAUUCGUACUCUCGGUGAAAUCAACGCCGAGUCACUCGAGGUCUCCUAUGAGCACUUGUCCGAAAGCAAGGCCAUCUUGGCAUACUUCUUGGCAAAUGCCCCUUCGGAAAUGCUGAAGCUCUUUGAUGAGGUCGCCAUGGAUGUAGUUCUCCUGCAUUACCCAGAUUAUGAGCGCAUCCACUCGGAAAUCCACGUGCGCAUCUUUGACCUGCCUGUGCACUACACCCUUCGCCAAUUGCGUCAAUCGCACCUAAACUGUCUUGUUCGCGUUAGCGGUGUUGUAACUCGACGAAGUGGUGUCUUCCCUCAGCUCAAAUAUGUCAAAUUUGACUGCACCAAGUGUGGUAUCACCCUGGGACCGUUCCAGCAAGAGUCCAAUGUCGAAGUCAAAAUCACCUAUUGCCAGAGCUGUCAGUCUCGAGGUCCCUUUACACUCAACUCAGAAAAGACUGUAUAUCGAAACUAUCAGAAGUUGACCCUGCAGGAGUCUCCUGGUACAGUCCCGGCUGGUCGCUUGCCGCGAACUCGCGAAGUCAUCUUGCUGUGGGAUCUUAUUGACAAGGCCAAGCCUGGCGAGGAGAUUGAAGUAACUGGCAUCUACCGCAACAACUACGAUGCACAACUCAACAACAGAAAUGGUUUCCCUGUUUUUGCCACUAUCUUGGAAGCAAACAAUGUCAUUAAAGCGCACGAUCAGCUGGCGGGAUUCCGCAUGACGGAGGAAGAUGAGCACGAAAUUCGCAAGCUGUCACGGGACCCCAACAUUGUGGACAAGAUCAUCAACUCCAUGGCCCCCAGCAUUUAUGGCCACACUGACAUCAAGACUGCCGUAGCCCUUUCACUGUUUGGCGGUGUAGCAAAGACGACAAAGGGACAACACCAUGUCCGCGGUGACAUCAACGUACUUCUUCUUGGCGACCCUGGUACCGCCAAGUCUCAGGUGCUCAAGUACGUUGAAAAGACAGCACACAGAGCUGUAUUUGCAACUGGUCAAGGUGCCAGUGCCGUCGGUUUGACAGCCAGUGUGCGGCGCGAUCCUUUGACCAGCGAAUGGACCCUCGAAGGCGGUGCCUUGGUGUUAGCCGACCGAGGUACUUGCUUGAUCGACGAAUUUGACAAGAUGAAUGACCAAGAUCGGACAUCUAUCCACGAAGCCAUGGAGCAGCAGACCAUCUCCAUCUCCAAGGCUGGUAUUGUGACAACACUACAGGCGCGAUGCGGAAUUAUUGCAGCCGCCAAUCCCCCGGCCGGCCGCUACAACUCUACCCUGCCCUUCUCACAAAACGUCAACCUCACUGAGCCCAUUCUGUCACGUUUCGAUAUUUUGUGUGUCGUGAGGGAUACUGUCGAGCCUGAAGAGGACGAACGACUGGCUCGGUUUAUUGUUGGAUCCCACAGCCGCAGCCACCCUCUUAGCCAACCGACCCAGGACUCGAUGCAAGUUGAACAAUCUUCCCUGCAGGCAGAGACCCAGGGGACAUCUGCUUCGUCAACAAAGAAGGAGGGUGAUAUUCCGCAAGCCCUACUUCGCAAGUACAUCCUGUACGCGCGGGAGCGAUGCCACCCUAAGCUGUACCACAUGGACGAGGACAAGGUCGCUCGGUUAUUUGCCGACAUGCGCAGGGAAUCGCUUGCCACUGGCGCUUACCCCAUUACUGUCCGUCAUCUGGAAGCCAUCAUUCGUAUCAGCGAAGCUUUCUGCAGGAUGCGCCUGUCGGAAUACUGCUCCACGCACGACAUUGACCGUGCCAUUGCCGUUACGGUGGAAAGCUUUGUCGGCAGCCAGAAGCUCAGCUGCAAGAAGGCUUUGUCUCGUGCAUUUGCCAAGUACACCCUUACAAGACCGGGUGCCAGUCAGAGAAGAGGUGCUCAGAGACGCACAGCUACUGCUUCAGCCUAA